GCUGGAUAUCGGUAGGAGCGCACUGCCGGAGCCGCCGAGCGAGCGAGAGCGAGAGGGGGAGAGAGGGAAGGGGAGAGAGAGAGACCUCUGCUUGAACGUGAAGGAGAGAGAGAGAGAGAGAGAGGGGGGAGCCGGCAUAGAGGAGCGUGCUUCAGCGGACAGACGCGCAGUUUGCAGGAGGAGGAGAGCGGAGAGAGCUGCCGGUUUUAUUUUCUCCGGAUCACUUUUACGCACGCACAACGGAGCGGUCUCCUCCAGGAACGGACUGCUAUCGAAACAGUUGCUUAGGAGGAUAAUCGAUGGGGAAAUGCAUUUGUACUUUCCCAAUCACAUGUGAUUUUACCAAGUAAUCGCUGACUUGGGAGAGAGAAACAGAGCAUAAGAUUUUUGGAUAUUUUAUCGAGACGAAGAGGAAACGCGCUGUAGAGCGAAUUACUUUUUUCAGUUAUUUUGGUAAAAAAAAAAAGGUUUUAACCCGUGAUUUGUACUCAUUCAAAUACAAUUCAAAUUGUGUCUUUUUGCACUUUCUUCUUUUGGAGGUUUUUAUUCCCACGCGCGGUGGGACUGGCAGGGAGAGACUGAGCUGCCGUACACGCGCAUCCCCGAUGGAUCGUGAGGCUUUCAAGAUGCGUUUACAGUAGAUUUUGCAAAAUAAGUUUUCACAUGUGUUAAGAAGAAGCGCACGUUGACAACCCCCCCGUACACACAUUAGCGUUUAACCUGCGCAAUAUUCUUGCAGAGGGAACGCAACCUGAAUUUUGGGCACUGCUUGUGUUGCGCUUCAAAAAUAAAAAAAACUACUGGAAAGGAAAACGAAAUAACGACUCUGUAAAGCAGCCCUGUCUCCGAUUCACGGACUAAGACCACGGAGGAGGAGAAGAGGUGUUUUUUGUCCACAUCUGAGCGGAAACAUGGAUUUAUUCAUAAGCCUUUGUGGAUGUUUACUGGCCGUUUUCUUGCCUUCAGCGGUCAGAGCAGAGGAAGGAGCGUCCGAGCCGUGCGGCGGCUACUUGGACGCCAGCGACGCCGGCUACAUCACCACGCCCGGCUACCCGCUGGAGUACCCGCCUCACCAGAGCUGCCGCUGGGUCAUCACCGCGCCGGAGCCGUCGCAGCGCAUCGUCCUCAACUUCAACCCGCACUUUGAGAUAGAGAAACUGGACUGCAGGUACGACUAUGUAGAGAUCCAUGACGGGAACUCAGAGUCGGCCGACCUGCUGGGGAAGCACUGCAGCAACAUCGCCCCCGCGCCAAUCAUAUCGUCGGGACCCGCCCUCCACAUCAAGUUCGUGUCGGACUACGCCCACCAGGGGGCCGGCUUUUCACUGCGCUACGAAGUCUUCAAAACCGGCUCGGACUGCUCCCGUAACUUCACCAGUCCCACCGGCCUCAUCGAGUCCCCGGGCUUCCCCGACAAGUACCCCCACAACCUGGAGUGCUCCUUCAUCGUCAUCGUCCCCCCCAGCAUGGACGUGACCCUGGCCUUCCUCACCUUUGACCUGGAGAACGACCCCCUGCCGGGCGGGGAGGGGGACUGCAAGUACGACUGGCUGGAAGUGUGGGACGGGCUCCCGGGAGUGGGCCCUCUGAUUGGUCGGUACUGCGGGACCAGGGUGCCCCCCGAGAUCCAAUCGUCUACCGGGAUUCUCUCCCUGUCCUUCCACACGGACAUGGCCGUGGCCAAAGACGGCUUCUCGGCUCGCUACAACAUGACGCACAAGGAAGUCAGUGAGACUUUCCACUGUAGUAAUGCCUUCGGCAUGGAGUCAGGGAAGAUCACAGAUGACCAGAUCACGGCCUCGUCGAGUUUCUACGAUGAACACUGGUUGCCACGACAGGCACGACUCAAUUACCAUGACAACGGAUGGACUCCCAACGAAGACAGCAACAAGGAAUUUGUGCAGGUGGACCUCCACACUCUGAAGGUACUCACCGGCAUCGCCACCCAGGGCGCCGUUUCGAAGGAAACUCAAAAGACUUACCACGUCACCACCUUCAAGCUGGAGGUCAGCACCAACGGAGAGGACUGGAUGGUCUACAGACACGGCAAGAAUCACAAGGUUUUCCACGCCAACACCGACGCCACGGAAGUGGUUCUCAACCGGAUCCCGCAGCCCGUCCUCGCCCGCUUCGUGAGGGUCCGCCCUCAGACCUGGAAGAACGGCAUCGCGCUGCGGUUCGAGCUCUACGGCUGUCAGAUCACCGAUGCACCCUGCUCGGAGCUGCAAGGCAUGCUGUCUGGGCUGCUUCCAGACUCCCAGAUCUCCGCCUCGUCCAUGAGAGACAUCCACGGCUCCAUGGGGGCCGCCAGGCUGGUGGCCAGUCGGUCCGGCUGGUUUCCCAACCCGACACAACCCAUCGCCGGGGAGGAGUGGCUUCAGACGGACCUCGGCGUGCCCAAGAUGGUGCGGGGCAUCAUUACCCAGGGUGCACGAGGGCUGGAGGGCAGCACCAGCGCCGAGAACAAAGCGUUCGUCAGGAAGUACAAGCUGGCGCACAGUUUGACCGGCAAGGACUGGACUCACAUCACUGACGGCAAGACGGGGUUGGCCAAGAUCUUCGAGGGGAACGGGAACUACGACACUCCUGAGGUGCGCCGCUUCGACGAGAUCGUGGCUCAGUACAUCCGGGUGUUUCCGGAGAGGUGGUCCCCUGCUGGGAUCGGCAUGAGGAUGGAGGUCCUCGGCUGCGACUUGCCCGAAACCACCACCCUACCCGACACUGUGACCCCCACCCUGCCGAGAGUGGAACAGACCUCUGCUGCGAUGAGACCCGCCACCACCCCGUCGCUGUCGGCUGUGUGCGACUUUGAGCAGAGCCUGUGCGGCUGGUCGGCCGACCCCCAGUCGGGCGUGAGCUGGUCCCUGCACACGGCCAGCAGCGGGUCCCCCGGACACGGCUCCCACGGGACGAGGCAGGACCUGGCGCUCGGAUCGGACAGUUUCUCGGGGAACUACCUCUACCUGGACGGGGGCGCCCACACCCAGCGCAAGCGAGCCCGGCUCCUGAGUCCCGAGGUGGGGCCGGAGCGGGGCCCGCUGUGCCUCGUCUUCUACUACCAGCUGCAGGGGGAGGCGCUGGGGAGCCUGAGGGUGCUGCUGAGGGACAGCGACCAGGACGAGACGCUGCUCUGGGCCCUGAAGGGGGACCAGGGGCCCCACUGGAGGGAGGGCCGCACCAUCCUGCCCCAGAGCCCCAGAGAGUAUCAGGUGGCGUUCGAGGGCUUUUUCGACCACCCGACCAGAGGCCACAUCAGGAUAGACAACAUCCACAUGAGCAACAGUGUCGAGCUGUCGGAGUGCACGCAGCCUUUCCCCGCCUUAACUCCUGGCAUAACCAGGGGAGCCAUGUCUGGAUUGGAGCCCACAGUAGACACAGUGGCGGUGCAGCCCCUCCCGGCCUACUGGUACUAUGUCUUGGCGGGAUGCGCUGCCCUCUUGCUGCUUGUCACUGUAACGGUGGUGGUGACGCUGUGCUGCCAUCGGUACCACUGGGCGCCCAAGAAGACCAGCGCUGGUCAUCACCAUUCAGUGAUGUACCACAACGGCCAGCACCCAAAUCAGCCGAGCCACCAAAACUGCUACCAGAACCAAAACCUGAGCUAUAAUCUGAUCCAGAGCCCCAACCAAAACAACCUGCGCCCAGUGACUGGGCCGAGUCUCGACCCCAUGCUCACCAUCCGGUUGGAGAAAGAUGACAGCUAUGAUUCCCGGUGUUGAAAACAACUGGACUUUAUGUGAAUGAUAUCCUUUUAUUAGAAUGCUUUGUUCAAAUGAAGCCAUUUCGGGGUGUGAAAACUCCCCGAAAUUCAUGAUCAACAGCAGUGUUCCGCAUGAUGAGAAUCAACAUAGAAGAGAAGCUGCAGCCCUUGUUGCUGAUGCGGAUCUAGUUAACCGAUCGGCAUGCACCUUUGCUAAACUUCCUGGAGGGCUGCCGCUGGCAGAGCGAACUUGUGAAAGCUUUCCCUUUGCUGGGGGGGGGGGGAGUCGAUGGAAGAACUUUAAUUGAUGAACUUAUAGCUGCACCUCAAACCUGGAUGUAAAAGACUGUGGACAAAGAAUACGUACAUUCAGUGUACACGGCUUGUACAAAAAUGUCAGAGCAGGAAAAUGCCUGUCUGCCCUGCUCUGAUCUGCCGCUUGGACACUGCCUGCCCCCCGAGAAAGAGGGGGUUCCCACCCAGGUACGGGGGGGGGGGGUGGAAGUCACAAUGCGAGCUGCAUAAAGAAGUGGGUCCGUUUCUCUGGGUCUGAAUAGAGCUGCUGUUUGUUUGUGCACACUAGCCUUCGAGAGAAGAGGCGUGGGGAGACGGAUGGACGGCUGCACAUCCAGCGUGGGGGUGUUUGGGGGGGUGGGAGGAUGUCCUUGGGUCCGUGUGUCAGGUUUACACAGGAUGAGAUGGCUGCAGACCUACCAACAAACACUGGAAGGCUCCAGAGUCUCGUACACAUUUGCACGGACACUUGCAGCUUGUAGUUGAGUCUCGCGCGUCGCCCCGAGUGCAUUUUUCAACAAAAAAAAAAAAGAAACAUCCUGAUAUGCCUUUCUUAAAAUGUGCUUUAAAACUCUUACCUCUUGGCCUCCAGAACGAGGCGGCGCCUCAGCGUGGAAUCGGAGCGCGAACGGACUCAAUGCGGUUUUGCCUUGAUCUUAUAAAUAAUCCAAUGCCUGUGUUUUACUGUUCAAACGGAGCAUCGUCACGUCCUGCACUCAGACCGGGUGAAUGAAACAAAUCAAAGAGAAUCUAAAGUGGCACUUUUCAUUUAAGUCUGUGAAAGUUCAAAUCUUUUCUGUGUGUUAAGCUCAUGACGAAUCAGUGAUCCCAAUGUUUCGCAUAUUAGACCAUGUGGUCCGCCUGGCUGCUGAGUUUGGCUUCUACUCAACAGCUGGAGACCAAAGAAAUGCUGUAGGAUGGAGCGUCUUUCGCUUUUAGGGAAAUAAAACACUGAUCCAGGAUCACUGGCCAUUUAUCUUUACCAUUUCAUUUUCUCAGAACUGAUUCCAGUGCAGCUCCACCGUCAAACCCCUCACACACAUUUAUUUUCUUCUUAGUCACCCGUCAUCAAUCAUGUGCUUUUAUAUUGGCACGGAUGAGUUUCCGACGCGAUUACGAUGUUUUGCGAUGUUCAUAGUGACACUUUUCUGCUCCUUGGUGAAGUAUUUCAUGAUUUGUGACAAUUUGUUGACGUGUACUGUGAAUCUUAAUAGAAACAAUACGUUGAGUAUGUAGGUUGUGAAUUGAAUAUGCCUUCAUUCUUUGCACCACAUGUUACACGACGCCUCCGUGUGCUUCUGAUGUAUGAUGGUUAUACAGUGUUUAUUUUUUCGUUUUAAAGCAACAGUUUUGUGGAUCGUGUUCACCCAAAUUAUCUUAACGGGUUGAAACCAAUUUGCAACAGCGAACGUUUGUUCCUCUUUUAAAGUGUCUAUUAUAUCAUGAUGAAAUUGCACCAAAUGGCUCCUGCACCAUUUUGUCUUUUUUUUUUAAUCAAAAUCUGCUCGUUCCUACUGUACCCCUCAUUGCAAAUCCCCCCAGUAAAAAAAAAAACCCAAACAAACAAAAAAAUACAGGAGAUAAAUGAGUGGCAGAAAAGAAGGAGAGCAAACUCUCUCAGAGGAGCGGGGCCCAUUAAGCGAGGCCCCCGUUCCCUCCGAAGGAUGCGCCCAGAGAGGGAGGAAGAUGAAAGAAGCUCCCCACACUUUCUAAAGAUAGAUUUUCUUUCCGCUCGGAGAGGACGGCUGACAGGGAGGCAGGUUGGAGUGUUUUUUUUGGGAUUGAAGGAGGAGGGCAGGUUGUUUUCAAACACAAAAGCAGAUGAAAGAAGUCUUUUGGCGCGAUGGACAGUUUGACGCUGCACGUCACGCCACCGCGCAAACACAAAUUCCGUCAAAUUGAGUCUCGUAGAACGUAGAAAGUAUUUUCGGUAUAUUAUGCCUUCAUGUCCAUUUCAAUCGACUUGGUUGCGUGAUUUACGCAUCAUGUGACUCACUGUAGCGGCCCUGCGCCCUGGGCCCUGUGACCCAAUCAAUGAAGGUCCCAAAUUCAAACAGAUAAAUGAUAUACGUCUGUAUUUAUGUUGUGCCACCCGUGCAUUUUUCUCUCUUCCAUUCUCUCUGUCAAACUUUUUGCAAGAUUUGGAAAAAGGGCUGGCGUCUCUUCACUCAGCGCUUUAAACCCCCCCCCCCCCCUCCACCCUCCUCCCUCCCCUUCUCCAUCACAGACGACUUUGAAGGCCUUUAAUAUUUCUAAUUAGUUAAUGGAGCUUAUUGCGUUCAUAAAAGCCUGCGGUAAGCAUUUUCUAGCCUCGGGCCUUUUCCUUUCUCCCCCUUUCUGCCUCCCCCCCCCCCUUCUCCGCUCCUGGAGAAAUAUUACGAGGGGAAGCACUCUAACGCCGGCACGGCGCGCGGUGCCAAAGAGCCAUCCAUGUCUUUUCCAGAGUUUAAAAAAAAAAAAUUCUCUUUUCUUCUCUUUGCUAAUUGGAGAGUGGAGAUAAAAUGGGGCUACGGGGAGUUUUUAAAUCUCCCCUCAGAUCCGCGCGGUGAUUCUUCUCCGGGAUCCCGGCCUGCAGGCUGAAGACAGGAGGGGAGACCGAUUGGAUCCCUGUGAUUGACUAACACACAAACUGGGAUUAGCCAUGUUCAGCUCAGCAGAUGUUUUAGGGCAAACUGCCCGUUCUGCCCAGCAACAGGAUUUAUUUAUUCUUCAAUGUGGAGAAACAUCCGACCGCAUUAUUUCCGUGUGACGGCGUUUCAGACAGACAUUUGUUUUCCGGGCUCGCAUGCUUUGAGACGUCUUUUAACCGCCUGUAUUUGCUUUGUUUUUAAUCCUCUCUGUUUUUGGUGAAGUGAAAUCACAUGUUAGGGCGGUUUUUUCGAGGGGGGGGGGAACCGAAGUCGAUGAUGUCAUUUUGAAUCAAAUGAAUCGAUAAUGUUGUUGUUGUUCUUUGAUUUGGUUGUUUUUUUGUGUACUGAUCAGACAGAUGUUUCCUUGUGUAACUGCCUUUCUGGAACAUGGCCUCAUCAAGCCAUCGGCUUGGACUGAAACUGCGACUAGUUUAGACUCAACGAAACCGGCCUUGAGGUAGAAAAGUGCUCGGAUGUUCAUCCACCUCACGGAUGUGUUUGCUCCUGUGCACUUUCUCUGCCUCGAUGAAACAGAGACGUCAACUUAAUGAUCGUCUGGCGCGCGCCGCAUUUCACUGUCGAGCACUUGAAACAAAUUAGAUAUUGAACCGCGGAGGAAUAAACAAAACCCAGGUGCACGUGUACUCAGUCCCAUAAUCAAAUAAUUAAAUAAGCAAACUCAACAUCGGUGAAUGAAUACGCUCCAUUCAGCAUUGAGUUCAUUGGUUGCUGUAAUUUCUUUGGUUUAUUAUCUAAUUGGGUUUGGAAGCCAACUUUGGAUCAAUUCUAAACACAAAGAUUUGAUUGACUCACUUUAGAAUUACCUCAUAUUUAAUACAUGAGCAAAUCUCUUUAUUUCACAGAUAGCAGCUCUCAUUUAAAAGUAUUCGCCUCCUUACUAUCAUUUACAGGCUGAAGAGUGUUGGGUGUUAAUAAAGGCCGUAUCGUCCGGCUGCCACAUGUUAAAAUUGUCUCAUAGAAACGAAGGACCUUAUCUAACUGAGGAAAUGAGGCCGCGCAUCAUUUUUCAUAUCAACUAAAUUAGUUUUUCACCUCACGUCCUUUAAAUAUCUAUUACGGUUUCACUCCAUAAUACCUUUUUGGUUGCUUUGCCUCGGCAAUAAAUGAUUAUCAGCUGCUCAGAUAUUGCUCUUUUUUUCUGAGGAUUGUAAUAUUGUUUUCUUUGAAUACAAACUGAAUUGAAUCAAAGUUGAGCUUCCAGACCCGUUAAAGCCUUGCACUUCGGCCUGCCUCGGAAAUAGAAUGUUGUAUUUUAGCCUGUUGAAUUUUACGGUCUUGGAAUAAAAAGAAAAUAUAUUGUUGGGAAUGUGAAGCUAAUAAAAGUGAUAUUUUUCUAUGAAA